AUGUCCCAAGAACCUACUCACAAAACAGAGGGGAGCCAGGAAUGUUACCUCUGUGGUAAGACAGGUCACCAUGCAUCAGAAUGCUGGUGUAAGAACCUAGUGUGCCGACAGUGUGGAAUAAAAGGACACAUUGAGCGUGCCUGUAAACAAAAGAAAAAGAGGCCUGUGGCCUGGCGGAACAAAAAGGAAAAUCUGCAUACCAUCGAGCAGAUGCCUGAUGAUCAAGGUGACACCUUGUCUGAAGAAGAAGUGCCAUGCUAUGUUUUGUCUUUGAAAGGGGGCUCCUAUGAAUACUGGGUAACCCCACUGUUGGAUGGCAAACCGAACAUUAAACCUGGUAGCCAACCAAAAUAUCUGAAGGCCAGAACUGUGCCAUAUGCUAUCAGACCAAAAGUUGAAGCAGACCUGGAGCGCCUAGUCAAAAAUGGAGUCCUAAUACCAGUUACCCAUAGUCCAUGGGCAACUCCAAUAGUUCCAAUAUUGAAGAAAGAUGGUUCUAUUCGGAUUUGUGGGGAUUUUAAGGUCACUGUUAACCCUGUUUUAUGUGCAGAGCAAUACCCCCUUCCUCGCAUCGAUGACAUCUUUGCGGGCCUGGCUGGGGGACAAAGGUUCAGCAAGAUUGAUCUGAGUCAAGCAUAUUUACAGAUGCAAGUUGAUGAGGAAUCCCAAGAGCUGUUGACUAUUGUGACUCAUAAAGGGCUUUAUCGUUACUGUCGCUUACCCUUUGGAAUAACUUCUGCUCCAGCCUUGUUCCAGAGAGCUAUGGACCAGAUCUUGUGUGGCUUGCCAGGAGUUCAGUGCUAUCUUGACGACAUCCUGGUCACGGGUGGGAAUGAGGAGGAUCACCUUAAGAACUUAGAGGCUACCCUACAAAGACUGGAAGAGUAUGGCCUACGAGUCCGUAAAGAUAAGUGUGCAUUCUUUCAGCCCUCUGUUGAAUAUUUGGGACACAUCAUUGAUGCUACUGGUCUUCAUAAGUCCCCUUCAAAAGUUAAGGCUAUUGUGGAAGCUCCACCCCCUCAAAAUGUUAGUCAACUUCGCUCAUUUCUAGGACUAUUGAACUAUUAUGGAAGGUUUAUUUCACAGCUAGCCACACUAUUAAAACCACUUCACGAGCUCCUUGGCCAGAACAAGGUCUGGAAGUGGACUGACGCCUGUGAUGUUGCAUUUAACAAGGCUAAAUGUGCAUUGCUAAAUGCAGAGGUCCUGACGCAUUUUGAUCCAUCCUUACCUUUACAGUUGGCUUGUGAUGCCUCCCCAUAUGGAGUGGGAGUGGUUUUGUCACAUGUUAUGCCCUCCAGAGAGGAGAAACCAAUUGCUUUUGCUUCACGCACCUUAAGCACAGCUGAAACUAACUAUGCGCAAAUUGAACGUGAAGCAUUGGGAAUCGUUUUUGGAAUUCAGAAAUUUCACCAGUACCUGUUUGGACGGAAGUUUACACUUCUCACUGACCAUCGACCUCUGACGGCAAUUUUUGGUCCACACUCAGGUAUUCCACCAAUGGCUGCUAGUCGUAUGCAACGAUGGGCAUUGUGGCUUUCAGGACACACAUAUGAGAUCAGAUAUCGGAAAGCCACUCUACAUGGCAAUGCAGAUGGUCUCUCUAGGCUGCAACAGAUGUUAGAACAGGUGCAUUCAGGUCACUGUGGAAUGGUGCACAUGAAAGAAAUCGCACAAAGCUAUUUUUGGUGGCCUGGCUUGAACAGUGCCAUUGAAGAGAAGGCGAGAGCUUGUAUUUCAUGCCAAUGUGUGAGGAAGGCACCUCAUUUGGCACCUCUACACCCAUGGGGCCGGCCUGAAAAACCAUGGCAACAUCUUCACAUUGAUUUUGCUGGCCUAUUUGAAGAACAACUUGUGAGUGACAAUGGAUCACAGUUUGUGUCUCAGGAGUUUGGAAAUUUUAUGAAAGCAAAUAGGAUCCAUCACAUCAUUUCAGUACCAUACCAUCCAUCCAUGAAUGGAUUAGCUGAAAGGUUUGUGCAGACAUGA